UUAAAAGUUCCGGAAACAAUUACGCAUUAGAUUACUAUUUUAACUUGCUUAUCGUCAGCAUUCCUCAUCAUUUAAGUGACUGCAUCAGAUUGCAUUAGACACAAAGUUUUUUAUUUGAGAAAUGGAACCAAAAUCGAAGGAAGUUGUUGAACGUUUUAAGGAGAAAAUUCCUUUAAUUAAGCAUGUUGAUUACAGACGGUAUGGAAUUACACAGUUGGAUAUCAUUUGUGAGGAUAAGAGUAUCAAGCAGUAUGUUUUACUCUUCGAGCGUCUCCUAUUCAUCGAGCCAACAGAGUUUAUCACCGCAAUCUAUGCAGACGUCUAUAUAAAAAUCAGAGAUGAAAUUUUACUUCAAAUUGCCCUCAAAGAAAUUUCUCUAGACGAAGCUCUAAGUCAGAAACUGUUUAAAAUCUAUGGAGACACAGAAAUCUGGGAUCUUCAAUUAAAGGCAUUACGAGAAAUUCUACCGAAUGAACAUUUUACGGCGCCAGCUCCUCGUAAUGUUGAUGAAAUACAGAUUGUUGAAGAAAAUGUUGAGCAUGUCAUAGAACCACAAGUAGACGAUGAGGAAGAAGAGAAGAAAGAAUCAGUUCCGCCACUACCAAAACGACCGGCUUCACCGCAAUUGAAAUUUCUCGCUGAUGCAUUUGCAAAAAUAAUGCAGAAAAAGCCAUAAUUCGUGCCUCACUUUUCAAAGAGAAUCUCACCGCAUUGCUGUAUAUGCUCAAAAAACCUGUU